AUGACCCAAGGUACAAGGAACUGUGGGCUGCAUUUCUGGAGUGGCUAUGGGCUCAGUGGCCUGACCAUGAUACCAGUGCUGGGUCCAUAUGCAAGGAAGUGCAAGGCCAUCCAGGACUCGGUACUAAGGAACUUGUGGCCGUUGGAAAUCUGGCGCACUAGUGAUGCACUCAAGGAGCCAUACAAAUUUGAUGUACCACCAAGCUUCAGUGAGCGUCUUGCAGGUGUACGCUUAAAUGACUGUAUCGACAUCAAAGCUGUGUACCGGCGUAGCAAGGAUAACUCCUAUCCAAAUGAUGUGCAUACAUGGUUCAUGUGCAGGAAGUGUGCCGCUGUGCCAGAAAUUGGAUGGUGGGUUGGAAAGGUUGCAAAGGCAUGGCGCCUGCCAUCCUACCGUACUGAUCAAAUUGACGAUGUGGUGCUGGAGGUUUCUGAGUGGUAUGAGCCAUCCUUGCCUCUCCUUGAUGAUUACAUGAAUGUGCCUGUCCUGCGAAUGUCAAAAUCGAACCCUUUUUACUUGGCUAAGGAUGUAGCUCCAGUUCGUGUUACCCUUCAGCAGCACCCUACAAAGCCACGAGCCUACUGCUUAUUGUGCCGAAGCUACAAUGCCAUGAGUGUUGCAGGAUGGGGAGAGCAUGCACCUAUGCCCCUUACCAAGGCGGUUAUUGACCAUGUGAAGUCAUUACAGGGUCGUGUACAACGCUAG